UGCAAACGACUACAACUCAACCAACUACAACUACUACAUCUACAACUACAAUGCAAACGACUACAACUCAACCAACUACAACUACUACAUCUACAACUACAGUGCAACCGACUACAACUAGUACAUCUACAACUACAAUGCAAACGACCACAACGCAACCGACUACAACUACUGCACCUACAACUACAAUGCAACCGACUACAACUACUACAUCUACAACUACAAUGCAAACGACCACAACGCAACCGACUACAACUACUGCACCUACAACUACAAUGCAAACGACUACAACUCAACCAACUACAACUUCUACAUCUACAACUACAAUGCAACCGACAACAACUACUACAUCUACAACUACAAUGCAAACGACUACAACGCAACCGACUACAACUACUACAUCUACAACUACAGUGCAAACGACUACAACUCAACCAACUACAACUACAAUGCAACCGACUACAACUACUACACCUACAACUACAACUCAACCAACUACAACUACUACACCUACAACUACAAUGCAACCGACUACAACUACUACAUCUACAACUACAAUGCAACCGACUACAACUACUACACCUACAACUACAAUGCAAACGACUACAACUACUACACCUACAACUACAAUGCAAACGACCACAACGCAACCAACUACAACUACUACAUCUACAACUACAAUGCAAACGACUACAACUACUACAUCUACAACUACAAUGCAACCAACUACAACUACUACACCUACAACUUCAAUGCAAACGACUACAACUACUACACCUACAACUACAAUGCAACCGACUACAACUACUACAUCUACAACUACAAUGCAACCGACUACAACUACUACAUCUACAACUACAAUGCAACCGACUACAACUACUACAUCUACAACUACAAUGCAAACGACCACAACGCAACCGACUACAACUUCUGCACCUACAUCUACAAUG